AUGCCGCUGGCACUGAUGAUUUCCUGUCUUCUCGCCAGCUUCAGUACUCUUGCAGUAUGUGACGAUAGUCUUGAGACAUGUGGCGCUGGUUGCACCUUGAGUGCAGGUAGCCGUGGCUUGUUGCAGAUUGAAAAGACCAUGGGCAACCAGAAAGAGACAACCACCAGCACCACGUGGGCCAGCCCAUACUACAUGAUGACAUGUCCUGGGACCCAGGCGAUGACGACACAGUCGAUGACAGAGGCUGACUAUGACAAUAUCACCGCGGAGAUUCAAGCCCUCUACAACUCCCUACCAAGCACCUGCACGCCAACUGAAUGUCCACAAGCUGACUGGGCCGGGUGUGUUUUGCGGAUGGCUGGUCACGACUUUAUGGAUUACAAGGAUGGCCAGGGAGGUGCAGAUGGCUGUGUGGACCUGACGGAUGCGGACAACUUGGGCCUCGCGGAGUGUCUCUUUACAGGUGAAUUUGGCAUUUCGAUUGCGGACGCCUACCAGCAUUUCUGCCAGUCCGUGUCCUUGGCCGACUUUUUGGUGAUUGCAGCUGAAGCAGUGAUGAGUGCAUCUCGUCAGCAUGUCACCUUGGAAGAUAGCAGUCGAUCCACCAUUGACUUCAAGUCCAGCUUCAAGUUUGGCCGCACCACUGCCAAGACUUGUGAAUGGGCCCAUGGCAGGCUGCCGAACCCGGAGAAUAGCUGCUCGGCCGUACAGGAGACCUUUGUGGAGAGUAUGGGCCUCACUUGGGGCCAAGCAGCAGCCCUAAUGGGAGUUCACACUCUCGGUAGGGCACAGAUAGCAAAUUCAGGCUACAACGGUUGGUGGAGCUCAGCUCUCAUGAGUCGAAAGUUUAACAAUGACUACUACGUGUCUAUCUUGGCCAAAGGCUGGGGACCAGAAGUGGCCGUUGCAGGCAAUGCACAGAAGAAUCAAUGGAAACGAGUAGAUGCUGGAGCCAAUGAGACUGGCCUGGGGAAAGAGAUGAUGCUGAACACUGACCUAUGUUUGGCUUUCACAAUGGACGAUGCGGGCACUGUUGAGCUUGAUGCAGCCACUGCUGCCAGUGCUGAAUGCAAGUGUACCUGGGGUGUUCCGGUGGCAGUCUCUACUGCCACCACCAAGUAUGAAGAGGGGCGCUUUUGUGGCAGCACCAACAUCCCUGGAAGCAGCAAUUUCCGGCAGCAACGGGCCAUUUGCUGUGGAGAAGAGUUUGAUGGUCGCUCUGAUGCCGCCAUUGAUUGUGGGCUCCCCAUUGAUCCGAAGGGUCCGGCAUAUGAGUCCAUCAAGAAGUUCGCCAACAACGAGGAUGCGUGGCUCAGAGUCUUCAAGGCAGCGUGGCGCACCGCCACGGGCAAUGGCUUCUCACUUCGACGACUUCGGUCAUGA